UGUGAACAUGUGGAUAAUUUUUAACCUAAUAAAACAAAUAGAUGAUGUUUUUGAGUGAAUAAUUGAGAAGAAAUAAUUGUAAUAAUUGAAUUAAGGGGCCCCGACAAAAGAUGAGAAACUUCCAAAAAAUCACGUCAAUUCGCCUCUACUGCACCAAACCCCAACGACCCGUUGCCAAAUCGAUCUAUUUCUCAAAGUGCACAGACAUUUUCACGAAUCUGGCUCUAGAAGACUGGCUCUACAAAAACAGAGACUUCACCAAUCAUCAUCUGUUGAUGUUAUGGAGAAACCAACCGUGCGUUGUAGUUGGUCGUCAUCAGAAUCCUUGGUUAGAGUGUAACUUCGCUUCAUUACCAACCAUGGGCGUGGAACUAGCUAGGAGAAAUAGUGGGGGUGGAACUGUUUAUCAUGAUAUUGAUAAUUUAAAUUUAACAUUUUUCACUGGAAGAAGUGAGUAUAGUAGACGAAGGAAUCUGCAGUUGAUUUCCAGUGCAUUAAAGCACUCUUUUGACAUUAGCUCAGAAAUAAAUAAACGAGAGGACCUGUGCAUCAAUGAUCAUAAAAUCUCAGGCACAGCUUCAAAAUUGGGCAGACUUACAGCUUAUCAUCAUUGUACUCUUUUAGUGAAUUCCAAUAAAGACAAUUUAAGUUUAGCAUUAAAAAACACUUUAGGCAAUGUUAAAACAAAUGCUACUGUAUCAGUGAAGUCAAAAAUAAUGAAUUUAAGUGAAAUAAAGCUGGGGAUGAGUGUAGACGAAGUCAUGGAGGCUAUUGUAGAAGAAUAUGGACAAAAUGUACAAGUUAUUGAGUCUAUUGAUGAAGCAAACUAUCCAGGUGUAACAGAGAUAAGAAAUACAUUCAAAAGUAAUCAAUGGAAAUAUGAAAAAACACCUAAAUUUACUAUUUAUCGUGAUUUAUUUGACAUAGUUGAAGCUUUUCUGGUAAUAGAACAAGGCAAAAUUGUGAAUGGAGGCAUAGAAACUAAAGACCUGAGUUUAAACAUGGAAUCUAAUAAUUUAAGAGACUUGAGUGGACUUUUCAAUGAAAUGAUGGGGAAAAAUUUCACUAAAGAAGUUUUGGACGAAUUUGAAAUGGUGGUGUGUGAAUUAAGGCAUAAUGAAAUAUGUAAAAAUAUUAUUGUGAAUCGAUAACUCAUUAAAUUCUAUGGUCUUCAGAUCAAUCACAAUGUAAAAAUUUGUUUGAAAUCAA